AUGAUGUCAAAAGGUCGAACUGCGCUCGUGACGGGGGGCGCCCGAGGCUGUGGACUCGCUUUUGCGCGUGGACUGGCCGAAGCAGGGGCGAAUAUAGCCGUCUUUGAUCUGGUAGAUCCGGACACGGCUUUCUAUACCAUUGAGAAGGACUAUAAUGUUCGCACAGCGUAUUACAGAGUCGAUGUGUCGUCGCAGGAAUCGCUGGAGGGUGGAUUCACGCAGUUCCAGAAGGACUUCGAGAAUGCUCUCGAUAUUUGUGUCCCAUGCGCUGGGAUCAACCGCCAUCUCCCUUUUCUGGAAUUUACCUACAAAGACCACCACGAUCUGGUCUCGAUUAAUGUGCUUGGACUAUACUUUACUGCUCAGCUGGCCGCAAAACAAAUGAUUGCGAACGGAACAAAGCACGGGAGCAUCAUUCUUGUAGCUAGCAUGGCUAGCCACAUUGCGGUGCGAAGCCAGCUAUGCAGCGCAUACUGUGGAACCAAAGGAGCUGUUCGAUCUAUGUGCCCUGCCAUCGCAAAAGAGCUGGCAGAAUACGGCAUCCGAGUGAACUCCAUUUCUCCCGGAUAUGUGCGAACAGAGAUGACUGCCGCUGUAGGGUUCCCAGAAGACUCAACUGCGGUGCUGUCCCACGCUGACUUCAUUGACAGUUCCCCCAUCUUGCGCAAGGUCCGCUCCGAACAACCAGGCUUUGGCGACUCAUAUUUUUGCAGAUGCAAUCUCGUUCGAUUGGGUAUUCAUGUGCAAAUCUUGGAGGAUCGUCCGGACAAGACCUCCACCGGCAAGGCGGAUGGCAUGCAACCCAAGACCAUCGAGACAUUCAAGCAAAUGCGACUCGCGGAUCCCUUGUUGAGAAAUGCCGCCCGUGUGUAUGAUAUUUCUUUCUGGGUAAGCCAGUACUAUAUCAAACCCCAUUUGACCGUGGCUAAGAGGUCCCAGCAAUCCACAGCAGAUAAACCGCUCCACCGAACAGGACGUCAAACGCAUUACCCGGAGAGUCUCGUCGGCGCCUCCGAUCCCUAUAUCCUUCUGGCACACCAGGGCAUGGUUGAGGAGGUCCUGAUCGAUGAUAUGGAGGCGCGAGGUGUCGUCGUCAUGAGAAAUAGUCGGUUUGCCUCCUGUUCACGCGUGGCAGGCACCGGGCAACUGGAUGUCGUAUAUGAGGACCUGGCGAGCAAGACUGUCCAGACAAUCCGCGCCGACUACCUAGUGGGAUGUGACGGUGCUCGAUCAAAGGUGAGGGAAUGUAUUCCAGAUGCGCAAUUGGAGGGGAAGGUGACCAAUGCCUCAUGGGGUGUGCUGGAUGGUGUGAUCGAUACCGACUUUCCCGACCUAUGGAGCAAAGUUGCGGUGCGUUCCGACCUGGCCGGGUCUAUUCUUUGGAUCCCUCGCGAACGCAACAUGACUCGAUUAUACGUUCAGCUAAGCGAGACCGACGGCGAACGGGUCGAUAGGUCCAAGGCCACACCCGAGUAUGUCAUGCAACGAGCCAAAGAUGCGAUGCAUCCCUUUCGUCUUGAGUGGAAGACCAUUGAAUGGUUCGGAAAUUACGUGGUGGGCCAACGCGUAGCAAAACGUUUCAUGGACUCCGAGGCGCGGAUCUUCAUUGCCGGUGAUGCUGGACACUGCCACUCUGCGCUUGCAGCACAAGGAGCGAAUACAAGCAUGCAUGACAGUUUCAAUCUCGCAUGGAAGCUGAAUCUUGUUAUUCGUGGUUUGGCUCAACCAUCCCUUCUGGCCACCUACGAAGCGGAACGGCAAAAGAUUGCUUACGAUCUUAUAAACUUCGACGCACAGCAUUGCAAAGCGUUCUCGCAAGGGGAGGCUGCCCUUGCCAAGAACUUUGAUGAGAAUAUUCGCUUUAUCUCUGGCGUGGGUGCAGAAUAUUCGCAGGGCCUGCUGAGCCGAGGCAGUACUGGCAGAUCAACCCCCCUGAGACCCGGCACUCUCCAGCUUCCAGCAAAAGUGACUCGGUACAUUGACGCCAACCCGGUUGAUAUCCAGCUUGAUAUCCCGCUGUUGGGCCAGUUCCGAGUAUACUUCUUUAUUCCAGAUGUUCCCAAGGCACUGGGAUGGCUGAGGACCCUUUGUGAGGGACUCGACAAUGCGACUGGGAUGGGAAAGAUAUCCUCGCGAGCAGAUCAGUCGUAUGCGGUUCAACCCCACGGAGCAGCCCCGUCAGACACUUUCAUGCAGCCACAACGAUAUACGUCCGUGUCCAGUGCUUUCACAUAUGCGAUGGUGACUCAGUCGUCCAAGUCCGAGUUCGAAAUUGCUGAUUUACCUACGGUACUGCAAGAGAGUCGCUGGACCUUAUAUCUAGACGACGUCGAUGCACCUCGUUGCACAGAGAAAUGGCUUGGGCCAUUGCGAGGAGAGCAGGUAGGUGUAGUGAUUGUGCGGCCCGAUGGAUACGUUGGAGAUAUUGAUACAUGGGAACCGACGGCGGGCAUUGAGGCAGUGAAGUGGAUAGAGAGCUAUUUUGCAUUCAUGGCGUAG